AUGGAUCCAGCUUCGAUACUAAACAACGAAUUUAUUGCUGAUUAUUCAAAAUUAUUUGACGAACGUGAUAACACUGCCGAUGUUGAAAUCAUAAUAUCAGGCACUGAAAAGAAAAUUUUAGCACACUCUUUAGUUCUUAGCAUUAGAUCAGAUUACUUCAAACAAAGCCUUUCUGAUAAAUGGGCGAAAAUGAAUAACGAUGGAAAGUUUACAUUGACACUUUCUGAUAUUGAAUAUGAUACCAUGAUUAUUUUAUUGAAGUAUCUUUAUUACGCAGAUGCAAAUAUUUUUGAUCAUGACGAUUUCUACGCUCUUUCAAAAGUCCUAAUCGCAUCUGAUAAACUCAACAUGGUGACUUUUUCUGAUCUCACUCAAAAAACCAUUUCUAAAAAAAUAUUGAUUUUUAUCGAUAAAAAUUUAUUCGAUCUCUUCAAGUUCAUAAUGGAUUACCAAAUGUUUACAUUUAUAGACGAAGCAUUCAUGUGUGAAAUUGCAAAAAACCCAGAUCUUUUAUUUUCAUCUAAAGAUUUCAUUAAAUUGGAUGAAAAAAUGUUGCAAAAAAUCAUAUUGUGCAAUGCUCUGAGGAUUUCAGAAUUCAAAAUUUGCGAAUAUCUAAUCGAAUGGAGCAAUGUGGAAAAUAACGAAACUAAAUUUAAUUCACUGUUUAAUUUAAUUCGUUUCCACCAAAUGAAAAAAGAGGAUUUCUUUUAUUUUUGGACAAAUUAUAGAAAUAAAAUUACGAUUUCGGAUAAUUUGUUAAAUGAUAUAAUUGGAUUUUUCAUGUGUAAUAAUCCACAAAAUAUUAAACAAUCGCCAUUUAGAUUAGGAAAUUAUCAAAGAUCCGAAAUCAUCAAAUAUCCCGAAGAAUUCUUGGAAAUUUCUUCCUGGAUCGAUAAUGACAAAGGAAAGAGUUCAUUUAGAUUUGAUCUUAUAUUUGACAAUAGUUUUUUUGGUGAUAAGUUUAACACAAAUUCAUUCCAUAAGAUAUGCGAUGGGACGUUUUCAACUAUUACUUUAGUUGUUUUAGACAAAUGUAUUGUUGGCGGAUAUAAUCCUAUUGGUUGGUCUAAUGAUAACAAGUGGCAGAAAUGUAAAUCUAGUUUUAUAUUUGCAUAUAAUCAUAAUAAUAAUGCUACGAUAUCCGGUAUUACAGAAAAAGAAAGGGCAAUUGGAUGUUUUAAAAAUCGCGGACCUUGCUUUGGCGAAGGUUCUGAUCUUUGUAUUCGACAUGAUUCGAACAAAAUCGAAUUAAACCCCAAAUCAUAUCCAAAAUUGUUUGAUUUGAAUGGAAACUAUUUUUUCCGUCGCAUGGAAAUCUUUAGAGUAAACAGAAUAUACGACCUAUAA